AUGACCAAGGAAGAGAGCCAGGCGCAGCAAAAGGCGGAGGAGGAAGACGACGAUGAACCCGAUGAGUGGGACAAGCGGAUCUUUAGCACCGGAUGCGCAGAAGAAAACACCAAGAUGACGGAUUGCUACUUCGAAAAGAAGGAUUGGCGCGCAUGCGCUUCAGAGAUGGAGGAAUUCAAACGGUGCUGGAAAGCUCACGACAACGACAAGCGCACCGAUAUGAAGGAUGCUUAA